CAUCUUGGCAAAUCGACACCGCCCAUCAUCAUCGUACUUUCACUAUAGUGGCUCCACACUCGCUCUAUCGAGUUUCCGUAUACGAAUUGUAUCAAGAAGCGAUGUGGGAGUUCGAUAAACUCGGAGCCCAGCUCAAAGGGAAAGAUAAUCAAAUCAAGUCAGCCGAAGAAACCAACCGCUGGACUCAUCGAGAAAUCUCGCACUUUACAAGAGCAGCUCCAAGCCUUGUAAAUGAAGCUUGACGCAAGCGAAAAACGUUCCCGUGACCAACUCCAAGAAUUAUCGAAGAGCAACGCUGUGUUCCAAGCCAACGAGGAAAGUCGCCAACAAGGCUCGAUUGCUGUAGACGAAGAACGUCCCAAUACCACCUCAAAGCUCGUUCAACGCGUCGAAGAGACCCGAGAAUUCUGCGUCCCCGUCUCGAGGCAGUAACUGGUCAAGAUUCGCUGGCAGGCAGCCUUUCGAACCAUUCUCGCAGUAAUAAGAGAAGUGAAGUUCUUCGCCGCCACGUUCUGCUACACUCUUGACAAGGUAGUCAUCUUAGUAUACGAGAAGGCUCAGGAAUAUGAAAGGGCUGGGUACAGAGGCAAAGCGGAAGAGCGAAAUCGCCACAGGAAACGAAAAUUGGUCGAGCUCAUGGAAGGAAUGCUACCCAGCCAGUAGGUCAAGAGUGCAUAUUACUUUGGACGCGAGGGAAGUAUGACUUGAUCUGACAGGAGGAUUAGCUUGUCUUUUCGCUGCUACGACAUGAGACACCCGCUGCUGCACAAUCGAAUGGUAACAAGAUUUUGAGACAGAAACACAGCCACAAGAACAAACACUAUGUUAGCUCGAUCUGGUAACCACCAAUGAUCGCGAAAAUGACUGACUGUACAUCUCU